AUGACGACGACUAAGUCAGAUUUCCUAAACGGUCAAGGAGAUUAUGCACUCAAUGAAACAGAUACAUCAGAAGAUGGUUUUCUCAGUACUCCGAAUGGCUUUUGCAGACGUUCCAACUCGUCAACAUCUUCCCGCGAGUACGAUUCUGACUCAAACUCCAAAAGUAGCGAUUGGCCUGAAUAUGACUCUGGCUCGACCAGUGAAGUUGAAUCGGAGUACAGUUCAUACAAUGUAAAAAAAACUAGACACCAAGAAAAUCAGCUUAAUUCAAGUUCUAGCUCGGAAAGUGAUUCUGACACUUCACGCGGCUCCAGUACCAUAACAGACGAUUCAUUCAGCACAAUAAUUGGAGAUACAAGUCAAGACGAAGAUGUAAGGACGAACGAAGACGAACAGUACGAUAGUCUCGACGAGUAUUCCUCGUGGAUGCCUGAUGUAUCUUCUGGGCAACCCGGAAUGGGCCAUCGGCUAAGAGCAUUGGUCAUUCCGGAAGGGGGGAGACCAAAGCAUCCCAAAUGUCUGAUAAAAGAUAUGGAAAUUUUGGGUCGAACUGUUGUGAAAAACAAGAAGAGACUUCGAUUUGCGAAGAACAUAGCAUGUCAAUUAAAAAUCAACACUGACCGUCAGGAUAGUGGUGACAAAGGAAUUGAUGGUGAUGUUUUGUUGCGCUCUCGAUCGAAUUCAGAUCAAAAUCAUAAAUCAAGAAUAAUCGCAAAAAAAAGGUUGAGAAACGCAUUGACAUUUGUUCCUCUCACAUCAGAAAAGCGGCAUUCAACCGCAACUGAACUUCACAAAUUGUUUUACGAAAAUUAUCCAAUAUCCAAGGUUAACUUUGAUGAUAUUUUCAAACCUGAAGAUUGGGGUAGAAAUGAAUCCACUAGCAGAAACGUUAUCGUGAUGCAUGACACAAAUACAGAACUAUCAGAAAAAUCUUUCAAUCAAAUCAAGAAUAGUAAUGGUAUUAUUCCCAGAAAGAUUGUCGUGGUCAACAAAAGCCCUUUAUCCUCGGGAAAGAAUUCGAUUAAUUUAAACAGACACGGUUCGUCAUUGAGCAAGAGUUCGACUAUGACCAAUGGAAAUAAAGCCAUUUCAAACGAAUUAAACGUUAAGGUUAUUACAAAUAAUAAUGUUACACCAACUAAAAGUCCUUCGACAACAUCCAUGAGCACUAUUUGUAGUAAACGUCCCGCUUCUCCGACAUGCAAGGAACUUUCUUCAUCCGACGAAAGUUUACCAUCACCGACUCGGAAGAUAACGACCCCGAACAGAAAUUUAUCUUUACGCGAAAUUGUUGACUACGCGCCCAAGAUCGUCACGACACCUAACAAGAGUGUUGGAACGGUGGAUCAUGAUGAAGAUUUUAACAUUGUUUCGUUGUUGCCCAGAAAUCUUAUUCCUUGCAUCAAUUUCGGAACGUUGGCGUUUCGAGAGGGGACCAUAGAUCCUAAAAGAGGUCAGGUAAAACGCGGUCGGGUAUUUUCGGUAGUAAAGUGA